GGGGACGUUCACAGGCACCUCUACCUCCAGGGUGUCCUCACCAGCCUCACGGAGGUGGCGGAGAGACCCAAGGUAUCUGAAUUCAGUUGCCACAUCUCUGGGUGCUGCCAGGUCUUUGAUACGCUGGAGGACUAUGAGCACCACUACAACACGCUGCACAGGAAUGUCUGCUCCUUCUGCAAGCGCUCCUUUCCAUCCGGACAUCUCUUGGAUAUUCACAUCUUGGAGUGGCACGACUCGCUUUUCCAGAUAAUGGCUGAGAAGCAAAACAUGUACAAGUGUUUGGUAGAAGGCUGUGUGGAGAAAUUCAAGAGCAGCAAGGACAGAAAGGAUCACUUGGUCACUGUUCACCUUUAUCCUGCUGACUUUCGUUUUGAUAGGCCCAAGAAAGUGAAAAGUGGUCCCAAGCACGUGAGCUCUUCUGCAAAGCAGAGUGCCAGCGUGCCGAUGGAUGUGAGUGUGGAGAUGUUGGGGCAAUUCCAGGUGGACCUCAUGGAAACAGAGCCCAGUGAGAACAUGGAGAUCCCUCAGCCUGCAGCCAGCCUCAACCCCUCAGUGCCAGAGAAACGACUCUAUAAAUCCAGGAUUCCAUCCACAAUUUGCUUUGGACAAGGUGCCACCCGAGGAUUCAAAGGGCCAAGGAAAAAAGUCUGA